AUGAUUGGUUUAGGAGAGAGCUUAAUUCAGAGAUUGAAUCUCAAUGGAGCCAGAUUUGUUAACAGCAUACGUUAUUCCAGUUUCUUAGGUCAUUUGAACCCAGCCGAAGGCUCUGUUCACAACUACAAAAAACUUGGUCGUGGUGCUUCUUCAGGAAAAGGUAAAACCGCCGGUAGAGGUCAAAAGGGUCAAAGAGCCAGAGGUUCGGUGCCUAUAUGGUUCGAAGGUGGUCAAACUCCUUACUAUAAAAGAUUUCCUAUUUUUGGUAUGAAGAGACCUCAUGCCAAACAAUUCAAUGAACUUAAUAUGACGAAGAUUCAAGAUUUCUGGGAUACAGGAAGAAUCCCAUUGAAAGAAAAUGAACUUUUGACUAUAAGAGUUAUGAAAGAAUGUGGAUUAAUAACAGGUACCUUGAAAGACGGGGUUAAGCUUUUAGCUGAGGGUGCUGAAAACUAUUCCGUACCAUUAAAUAUUGAAGUUUCAAAAGCUUCUCUAACUGCUAUUGCUGCUGUUGAAAAAUUAGGCAAAGAGAUCACAACUAAAUAUUUCACUAAAUUGUCAUUAAAGGCUCACAUAGACCCUGAUUACUUUUUAUUGACGAGAGGAUAUGUCCCAUUACCUGCUAGACCAACCCAUAGAAGAGAUAUCGAUUACUACUCCAAUCAAGAAAAGAGAGGUUACUUGGACAAAGAUAGAUCAAUUUUAUUGGAUCUUAUUGGUGAUAGAACUAGAACAGCUAGGAAGGUUAGCGUAAAGGAAAAUCCACUUUUAGAACAAUUGAAGAAUGCAUCAUCAAAGAAAUAUGAAAUGGAAGAAAAUAUUGUUAAAUUGAGUGACCUUUAG